ACAAUACAUGAUUUAAGCUGACAUUCUCCAGAACACAAAAGGCUUUUCUUUUCAGAGUGAGCCUCCUUCUUUCUGCUCCCCCUCAAACAUUCAGUAGCUGUGGAAUCCUCAGACACUGACCCCAGCCUGGUUUCUAUACUGUACUCAUGAAAUGUAAAAAAUGAAUUUUGCCUUUGUAAGACGAGAAGGAGGAGGAGGAGGCGGUGCUUUCAGACAAACACCGCAUGUAUGAAUUGCAAUGAGCAGACCUUGGCGGUUGUGUGUCCCUUCCCCAGACUUGCUCAGGGCACAACUUUAGUCCAAGCUGGAGAGAUUGUAGGUACGCAGAGGUGGUCCUGCAGCCGCCCACCGCAGCUCUUGUCAACUGAGAUCCUGAACUUGCUGCUAACAUCCUCCUCAGGAGAGGAGAAGAGAGGGAGCUGAGUUAGGUAAUGACAGAGGAGAGAAAGAAGUGAACAGAGUACAGGAGUGAGGAAGGGGAGAGAGAGGGAAGGGUAUCUGCAAGAGAGAGGUUUUUCUUUUAUGACCUGAAGUUGUUGUCAGUUCCCUCGCUGUUGUUACGCACCAAGAAACUAUUGAAAUUGCAAGAUAACAGGAACUGGGUUAAGGAAGAAACGCCUCAAAGCUUAAAACUUCAUGCCAUCCCCUAACUGCUGGGGCAGAGGAAGAAAGGUUGAGUGGACCAGAGUAAGAUAUUAAUGAACGGAUGGACUCUGCUGGUAAGAUCGGCCAUCACACCGUGACAGCUGACAUGUCAGAAGCUGGAGAAUUGUCUCUGGAACCUCUAGUCACUUGCAAGCUAUGUCUCUGUGAACAUUCUCUUGAUAAGAUGACUACUCUUCAAGAAUGCAGCUGCAUCUUCUGUACAACGUGCCUAAAGCAGUAUAUGCAGCUGGCAAUUCGAGAAGGCUGCGGUUCUCCCAUUACUUGUCCAGACAUGGUGUGUUUGAACCAUGGGACCCUACAAGAAGCAGAGAUUGCCUGUUUGGUACCUGUUGAUCAGUUUCAGUUAUACCAGCGACUGAAAUUUGAACGAGAAGUCCACUUGGACCCAUGCAGAACGUGGUGCCCUGCUGCUGACUGCCAGACCAUGUGCCACAUUGAACUGAGUGACUCAGGACAACCAGUGUCUGUGGAAUGCCCAGCUUGUCACCUGAAAUUCUGUUCAUCUUGCAAAGAAGUAUGGCACCCAGAGUGCUUGUGCCAGGACAACCAACCCACUGUAAUACCAACUGAGCAGGGAGCACUUACCAGGACUGACACAGAGUCUCCAAUUAAACAGUGCCCAGUGUGCCGGAUCUAUAUUGAACGAAAUGAAGGCUGUGCUCAAAUGAUGUGUAAGAACUGCAAGCAUACAUUUUGCUGGUACUGCCUACAGAACUUGGAUAAUGAUAUCUUCUUAAGACAUUAUGACAAAGGCCCCUGCAGAAACAAACUGGGUCAUUCUCGAGCCUCAGUUAUGUGGAACAGAACCCAGGUUGUGGGGAUCCUGGUGGGAUUGGGUAUCAUAGCGCUGGUGACUUCUCCCUUGCUGCUUGUGGCAUCUCCAUGCAUCAUCUGCUGUGUCUGCAAAUCCUGCAGGGGCAAAAAGAAAAAGCAUGACCCACCGACAACCUAAAAUUCUGUGUCUGUUUCUGCCUCCGUCUAUACAGUAGAUGUAUGUGAGAAAGCGCAAAGAUUGGGUUUUGGUGUCAUAUCUACCAAAUAAUUCUCCCUCUACUUGCCAACUUUGAGGAUAAGUGCCUAUUGUUUUCAGGCCACUGUAUUGCUUGCAAGUCACAGUUCAGGAAAUGACUGGGAGAUUGUAAUGUGUAUAUAUAAUUUUAAAAGGUCACUGUCAGGUAAUUCAGCCACAAAUAUGAUCCACCUUUAAAACUGUUAGAAUCUUACAGAAAGAGGGAUCUUCCAGAACCUGGACAUGUAUUUAUUCUGCCAUAUUGUUGUUCUGCUUCUGCAGAACCAGUCAUGCAGCCAGUGGAGGGAGUACAGGUAAAUGAACAAGCCCACUUCUUAGUACUCUGCUGACUAUAAAGUAAAAGAAGAAGAAGUAUGUUGCUAUUAUCUGCUGGCUUGUGACCUAUUAAAAAUAACAAAUAUAUAUUUACAUAUAUUUGAUAAUUUCCCUUCAACCAGAUGCCACAGCAUUUUGUGUUGAAGGGGUAAGGUGGGGGAGUGGAAUACUGGAGAAAUAAUGAAGAGGAUAUUUACCAAGAAUGGAUUCUGAUAAUUAUAAUUUUGUAACUAUACCAUUGUGUUGAAUUGUAUGGAUUGUACUUCAGUGAACACACACACACACUCACUUAUGCCACACCAGUGAUUUUUGGUGUAUUACACCAUUACCAAUGAUCUACACCACACUAUAAACUAUGUUUAAAUUAUAUUAUUUAGAUGUAUUACCUAACAACUGUGAAAAUACAAUAUGUACCUCACAGUUGGCACAAAUAAAAACCAGAUGGUAUAGCUAUUGCAAACUCUGAUCUUAAUUGAAUAUUCAUUACUAUGAAAAACAGGGCCAAACUAGCUGCUGUUGAUGUCAGUGGUAUUUUUACUAUUGAUCUCAGUGGGAGCAGUAGCAACCAAUAAAAUAAUCUUUCCUGUAUUAAAAAAAAAAAAUCUCAUUUGCCAAUGCCUCAAUGGAAAUCAUUGUCUUGUAUAUUCUGUGUUAAAAGAUGAUGUUACAAGUCAACAAUGCCACAUCUUUCUUGAAAUGUUAGGUUUAUAUACAUGACAUGGCUGCUACAUUCUUGGGCUGACCGUUCUACCUACUUGUGGCUCCAUUUCCCUCUGCCUUUUGUGAGUACCGUGGAUUUUGUAAACUUGUGGAAACAGAUCUAAUGUUUUAGUGAAGGCCAUGAUACAUCUCCCAUAGAAUGUGCAGUAAACCAUAUAAAACGCAUGUAUGUAUAUGUAUGGUAUGUAUGAUAGUACAUAAUAUUUAAUAUAUUUUGUGUGUAUAUGUACACACUCAGAGUUCUUUAUACAUUUUUAACAGUUUAUAAAGGGUAGCAACAAGAACCUUGUAAAAAUUACUCAGCACCGGUUAGAGAUGUGGCCAGCACAUCCCACCAAGCAACCUUUUUAGAAUUGUGGCAACUAACACAAAUCUCUGGAUAAAAAUUUGCUGUAUUAAUUGGUAGUUAUUAUUUCUAUCCCCCAAAAGGGUAAAGAGCACUGUUAUUAAUGAUUUAUUGGUAGUUACUUUGUAUCUCUAAAAGGCUGUCAUUUAAUGCUCUAGUUUAAUUUGGUUCUUCACUGCAAGCAUGAUUCAGAUCCUGAUCUCAACUACGCCAAUGUGCAUUCAGAAUAACUCUUCUGAAGCUCAUGGACUUCACUCUGGAUUUGCAUGGGAAUAACUGAGAUCAAAUUCUGAUCCAUAGUGUUUAUACCACCCUUAGUUGGUGCUUACUUGUUUUCUGGGCUCCUGUUUGUACAUUUGAUAUUUGUGGGAAUUUACAUGAGUUUUCUCUACAAUCAGCAGUAAUUCCAACCCCAGUUGACAAGGUCUGUAAGGAGAAUGAAAUGUGAUGCAAAGUCAGAAAAAGUUAUCAGGCAUCCAGUCCUCUAGCCUACCCUCCCUCCCAGGCUACAAAGAGAAAACUAAAGUGAACUUCAGUUUUAUUUUGUUUGGCUAAGCCUCAGGAACUUUGCCUUCUUGGCAACUGUAAAUGUGACCUUUUUGUUCAACGUCUCUCUCUGGCUGCUGAAACAGUAGUAAACAUCUUAUUUUAAGGAAGCAUAGUCUGCAGAGCAGACUAACAGGGACAAAGACCUUAAAUAAUAGUGUCUGCUUCUCUUUUAACAAAAUUAAUGUUGAAUGAAUUUGCUUCCAGUAAUGACUGGAAGGUAGACAGUGUACUAGUCUGAAAGACUGUAUUUAUUCUCCAUCCAGAGCUUAAUCUAAGUGAAGCAGGAAGGUAGUCAGUACAUUCUAAAUAUAGAGUACAAUGCAGGCCAAUGUGAUUUAUGAUAAGCUGAGAGUAUUUUAUGUACGUGUUUUCUUUAGGAGCAGUAAUGGUCAUGUUGGGCGUUACUCAUGACAAAUUAAAAUGUUCGGCCUUUGGCCUUGCACUGUUUUUCUACCUACACUUUUACAGCAGUACUGUCAUUUCCAGUUUAUCCGUGAUCUUCUAGUAGAGAAACUCCCUUGAACAAACUCCAAAGGACAAAUUGUUGGAGAACUGUAAAGUCUUUAAUCAUAACCAGUGCUAUGAUAUUCAAUAUCCCUCACCUAUUAAACCUCAUGGUGUUUUUCAUA